GUUGUUUGCCACCCGUCAUUGAAGAAGAAGAAGAAGAAGAAGAAGAAGAAGAAGAAGAAGAAGAAGAAACAGAAACGAGAAACAGAAGAAGAAGAAACAGAAACGAGAAACAGAGAAGUCGUGGUGAAUGAAGAAGGGAAAUACACAGAGCAUGGAUUCCCUCAACAGACUUGAAAUCUUCAUUCCAGAUGAGGCUGACGCAACAACCAUCCAUCUGUGUAGUUUACCAGCCGUAUUGCUCAAAAGAAUGGGCCUCCCCCUGCAUGACUCGAAAGACUCCAAGAAACUGGCAAUAUGGAUUAGUCCAGCAGUCUUAAGAAGGAAGGGGCAGAAACCACUGUCCAACACAGGAAAGGAUGCACUAGAAAGCGCGUCCUCAUUGCUGGGCAGAAGGUUCCGGCCUCUGACGGGUCCUUUCAAAAUGCCUAUUUACUCUAGCAACCGUGCCAUUUCCAACAUGCUGAAGGAUAUGAACCAAGGGAAAAUGCUCUCCACAUGCAAGUCUCCCACCUCCUUGUGUCCCCGGGGCUCGCCACCACAGAGUGGCUUCUCUGCUAUUGUCAUCUACCAUGGAUGCAUUUACCUGUGCAUCAGUAAGAACAAUCCAAGCAAGUGUCAAAAAGACACUCCCUCUACUCACUCAGUGUCACCUGAAAGCCAGAAGAAGGUGUUGUGUGUGCAGCUCAUGUGUCUGGCAGGCUGGCCCCUCUCCUCAGAGGCAGCCAGACUCCGCUGUGGUUCGGAUCUCCUCAGUGACCUCAUAUUUGUGUGCGGUGAUCGUGGGAUAUAUUUAGGUAAAGGAACGUGGUCUGGUUACGGUCCUCGGCCCAGAGGGAAGGGGAUAGUAGAUCAGUGCUGCCGAACAGGUGGCUGUGACCUUCAGCAUCUGGAGAAGUACUGUGCCAAACCAAAGAGCCGGGAGCAUACCACCACUUGGCCAGUCACAACCACAACAGCACACACCACGACACAGCUAGAUAUGGCACAGCAGUUCGAAGCAGUAUUUCACAAGACACUUUUGGAGCACCUCUAUGCUCCCAACAGUCCAAAGAGGGAAGCUUAUAGAAAGAAAAAACAGCCUUCAAUCCAAAGGAACACCAAAGCGCCCUCAUCAAAAAGGAGGAUUAAACCAGCACAUCCAACAGGCCUCCCUCAACCUCUGAGAGAGCGAUGAGAUUUAACCCUUGACCACUGUCCUCAUGGAAAUAAGCAUAUCUAUAGUUACUGGAUUGGAAUCAGAGGGACCUUUUGCGGCUCACAAUUGCCUUUUGUUUGUCUCAUGAGAAAUGAUAUCUUAUUGCAACAUGACUAAAUUCUAGAGGUGGGAAGAAAUAAAUUACAAAAACAUUGUUACUGUACUCUUUCAGGUAUCUGUCCUUUACUUGACAAACUUUACUUCUACUUCCUACAGUUCAACACAAAUAUAAGUAGUUUCGGCUUCUUACAUUUUCAAUACAAACCAUUACUUUCAUUUUAAUGCAUUAGGUGGGAAUUAUUCGCAAUUUUUUAUAUUUUGCAUCAACGAGCGCCAUCUUCCCAACUUUGAGACAGAUUUCAACCUAAAGGGACAGUAACACAGAGAAGGUUAUUCCUUAUUGUGUAUCUAUCAGCGUAUAUCACUCAUAACACGGCGAAAACGAAACAGACAGGAGAGGGAGAUUCAACCGCCAAGAGGCGCAGCAGAGAUAUCUGUGACGAGGAGUCUUUUUUCUAUAUUCAUUUGACAUGAUUCUCAGUUUGUUUUGCACAGCUGGUAGACAAUGUUUUACUUUUAUACUUUGAGUACAUUUCAGAACCUGUACUUUUAUACUUUUACUUGUGUAAAGAGGGAAUACUUUUACUUGAGUCAUUUUCAACUCAAAUAUCUACUUAUAUCUACGCAGAGGUACUUAUAACACCUCUGCUACAUUCUGACCCGUUUCUCCUUAGGAGAAAUAAGGAACAUGAGACCACAGCAGGCCUAUUCAAAUAGUAGCCCAUGGGCCUGAUGCUUCUGCCCUUUUGAAAAUGUCCAUGGCAUGCAAGACUGCCUGCAAAUCAAUCUCUCUUGUGUGAGAUGUAAUAAAGAGAUUGUUAAGGUACAUCUCUGAGCAACCUCGUUGUGAUCUGUUCUUGCUCGCCCUGAUUGUCACAGCACACUGAUUAGGGUUAUGGGAAUAUUUAUAGAGAAUCUUUAAUGAACGCUGUCUAUCUGUGGUAUAAGUGAUGAUGUUAGCUUGUCAUGAACCUGGUCAAACUUUUCUACUCCCCUCUGCGUCUCUAUACCUGCAGUAACUGUUCAGCAGCAGUGGAUACUGACUCAUGUCUCAUGUCAUGUUAUUAAGUUGUUAUGUCAGAUUCUCCAAAUCAUGUUUUACACAGUGGAUGUGUUGUAAUGUAUUUCUCCGUCAUAUUUGUGGUGUAUCUAGUCACUGAAUAAUUUUCUCUUCCGUGUGAAAAGUUCAUUCUUAGUUUUGGAAUCCCUAUCAGAUUUAUAUUAUUCACUGUGAAUAAUGUGGGAGUCUGAGCAGACUAUCCAAUCAGUGGAAUACAGUUACUACAUCUGUUCACAUGCAUUAGUCCUUUUGUACUUGGUCAUAAUUCUUAGACUGAGUGACGCAGUGUUUUGGAUGAAGUCAUUAGCAGGGCAGAUGUAUAUAUUAAAUAUUUAUUAAAUGGUUCGGAUUGAACUUGUCAUUUUCUACUUCAGUGGUUUCCUCUGUCUGAAAUUAUCUUGUAUGUUUUUUAUCUGUCAUAUUGUGAGUAUGAACAGGUUUUUUGUAAAAACAUUUUUUGCAUUAAUUAUUUAUUCCAUUGUGACUGUAAUAAAUAAAAAAAUGUGUUUUAUGUCGAGGUUACAUGUUGAUUUGAAGCCACUGCAGGAGAAAAACCAGUUCAGGUUUGACCACUACGUUCUAUCUUGAAACAUUUUAUAGCACUAUCAGGCUCAACACAACUUGUCUUUUUGUUUUGGCGUUCAGCUACAGUAGUAUCAUAAACAGCUGACUCAUUUCACUUUGACACGGCUGAGGUUAUCAUCUCUCCAAGUUGUGAGGGCUAUCUCAGCCCUGUGUGGAGCAGCCUGAUAAAUCGAAUGACUCUUUAUGCUUCAUCUGCAUCACUAUGAGAUUAGUGAGUACAUUCACAGUCUCAGUCUUUAUCCAGAGUUAUCUCUUGUUGGAGAGGAAGUAGUUACCUCGGUUUCUAAGCAGACACAGUAUCUGGACAUACGUAUGCAGUUGGAGGAGUUGAAAACA